GGGGAACAAACCAAGCAGAGAACGUAUUCCAGAAGACCACAGAAGGGAAAGGGAAAAUCCAACCAGGGGCAGCGAAUGGAAGCGGAAGGAUCAGAUGAGAACACCGAAAAAGGUGCAAGGGACACAGCGAUGAAGGAAGGGGAGGAGGAGGAAAAUCCGAUGGUGGGGGGUAAGAGGAAACACAGUGAAGGUCAAAAAGAAAGAGAAGACAGAGAGGAGGAACAGGGAAAUCCGGAGUCAGAGGGCUAUCCAUGGUCAGGAAAGCAGGAGAAGGAACUGCUGGAGUACAUUCAGAUCUAUGAAAAAUUAAGACAAGACAAUUUUGAGCUUCAACUGAUACUGCCCCGGGAGGAACAGAAAAGCAAACAGAAAGCAAAAAUCCCCAACCCAUCACAACUAAUCCCUCUGUCUGAGAAUCCAUUCGCUCCGCUGGAAAGGGAGGAGGAACCGGCAACCUUGUUUGCAGAAAAAUACGUUGCAACCAAAGAACAUCACGAAAUGGAAAUUGACGGGAACAACUCAGGCAUGCUGAAGGAGAAGAAUCAAAAUAAGGGAAAAAAGUUGCCAAAUUGCAGACAUUCGCAGUUCUUUAUGGAUCAAGGGAAACAUCAGGGGCAAGAGGAGCAGAGUAAGGGAAUGACAACAAUCACGCAACUGGGCAUUCAGGUCGAGGCCUUGUAUGCUCAAAAUAGCCGACUAGCUGACCUGAACCGAGAAAUGUCCCUCCGCACAGUAACAGAUCAGGACCUACAACACAAGGCACACGAAGAGUUCUGGAAGAGGGCCGAAAAGGAAGCAAGUACUCUAUUGCCAUCGCGGGCGGUAAUUCCCGUUCAAAGGAACCCGGUAACAGAGGAAUGGAAUGUAGCACUGCACGAAGACCUCUCGGUAAUCAGAUGGCAAUUGGGACAAAAGAGGGAGGACGUGCUGAAAAAGAUCAGCAAGAGGAAAGAAACGAACUUCAUGGGGCUGGCUGGCAAACUGCAAAAGGAGGGGGAGACGGAGCGAUCGGAAACAGUUGGAGGAUCUGACGGAAAAGGCCAAGCACAACACGAUGCAAGAUCGUUGAUAGUCUGGUUGGACCAAGGGACGAAACUCUCCCAAGAUCUGCAGUGGAGGCCAUGGUGGUGGAUGACGGCAUUACUGGUAACAGCCCUAGGAGGCGAAACAACCAUGACUCAGAAUGCAGUGGCUCUAGCAACAUUAGUCGAUUCAGGAGUGUUGGAGCAGGAUGAGAACAGGCUACCAUCCCUCCUUACCCCACUGGAGGAGGAGGCUUGGAGUAGCUCUGAGAUAUAAAAGGAUAGCACAAAUUUCAAAGGAAGAUCACUCUCGAUAAGCCAUAAAGG